AUGGAAACCUUCGUUUCUCUCUAUUUAAUUUUAGACAAUCUUUCUGAUGGAAAUGGUAACGGAGAAGACAAUCCUCCUGCUGAAGACGAUAACAAAGCAGACAAUCUUUCUGAUGGAAAUGGUAACGGAGAAGACAAUCUUUCAAAUGAGGAUGAUGACAAAGCAGGCGGUGGACUUUUAGCAGGCCUUGGUGCUCUAUUAGUGCCUGAAGCUCGUGGAUUUAAACACUCCAGUAACCGUUUGUGA